GCGACGCCACACAACCAUUAUAGGUGGCGCCUACUACAUCCUCUUUGAAUAAGCAAUCACAGAAAUCAUGGCAGACGCCCCAGUCGAAGUAAAGAAGAAGCGUACUUUCAGGAAGUUCACCUUCAGAGGUGUUGAUCUGGACCAGCUCUUGGACAUGUCCAGUGAGCAGCUGAUGGACAUGUUCCACGCACGCGCCAGGCGCCGAUUCUCCCGCGGUCUGAAGAGAAAGCCGAUGGCUCUCAUUAAGAAGCUGAGAAAGGCCAAGAAAGAGGCUCCCGCACUCGAGAAGCCAGAGACCGUGAAGACGCAUCUGCGUGACAUGAUCAUCGUGCCGGAGAUGGUUGGCAGCAUGGUCGGGGUGUACAACGGGAAGGUUUUCAACACGGUCGAAAUCAAGCCCGAGAUGAUUGGCCAUUACCUGGGAGAAUUUAGCAUCACCUACAAGCCGGUUAAGCACGGCCGACCUGGCAUUGGAGCCACCCACUCCUCGCGCUUCAUUCCGCUGAAGUAAAUGUACAUUUGACUUGUCUUAACCAAAAAAUGUGAACAAAA